UUUUAUUUUAUUUAUUAUAAAUAAAUACGUAUCACGAUCUUACCUCUUGCCGGCCAAAGAAAACCUUAGUGCCAUACAUACACCAUGGAGGUAGAGGCCCCCACAGCCGGAGAGAUCGAAGAAGCAACUCACAACGACGACGUCGAAAUAACCACCGACCCCGACGAGUCUUUGCCACUGCUACCGACGAAGAGAUCGGUUCGGACCAAGGUCCCCGAGGUCGAGGUCCACCUCUACCGGCGAGGAACAGGCCCUAUCGACGUCUUCAAGUCGGCCCUCGGCGGGUGGGAGCAGGACCAGAUCGAAAUCGGAGGCAUCCUCGACAAGUACGGCUUCAAAUCAGUCUUCGCCUUCAACCCGGAGUCGGGUCGCGGCGUCCCGAUCCGGUUUCACCCCAAGAACGGCCGCUCUCUGCUCCCCUACGCGGAUGGAUCCGUAAUUUUCAUCGACGGGGAACCCAAGGACUCCUUACUAAAACCUAUUACCAAGAUCUUGCUAGGAGUUGCAGUUAUCACCUUCAUGAUAGUAUUUGUCAUGAAGGAAUCUCCAGAAUGGAUGCAAAAACUGAGCUUAUAUGGUGGGAGAGUUCCUCCUUGGAUCCUUGCUUGUGUGGUUAUUGUCUUCACUCGCUUGAGGAAGAGAACUAGGGAUUUCCUCGAAAAACGGGACAGCCAUUCCACCACCAUCACUGUUCAGCUUUACUUCACCGGCAAGGAUUGCCACCCCAAUAUCUUUCACCCAAAGCCACGGACAUAACAAGCCACAGCGUACCAUCAUUAUGGUCAUAUACCAUCACUAGACUCUGUAAGGGAGCUCUGAAACUGAAUGUUGCUAACUAGUGUCUUGGGUGAGUGGUAAUGUGGAAAUUGAUGAGGAGUGAAUGCAGGUUAGAAAUCCUUUUCGAUGUCAAGGAAUUUUGAAUAAAUGUUUUCAUUGUAUGGUGGAUAGAGUAGUAAGAGGACAUAAAUCGAAAAGAGAAGGAUCUGUCUCCGAUUGCUGAUCAAAUUGGAGUAGGCCAGGAUACUGUACAUUAAUCGGUCCGGGAUAUCUAUGUCAGCAGCACUAGGACACUUGUGUAUGGAUUUCUCAACCUUAUUUCUCAUAUUCGUUCCCUUUGCUUGGAUUGAAGAUGAAUGACAACCUUGUUAACUGCUUUUUUGCCCUUUGAUAUCCUGAUAUUUUCCUCCUUGGCCAAUAUCAAGUUUCAAUAUUCUGAUUGACCUAUACAAUGCCGGAAUAACUGUUAAAUUGUAAAUGAAUUAACUUCCUACAUUUUCGUGUAAAGAUAUGCUGAAGGAAA